AUGUCUCAACCCACUCUCGUCGUCUACCGCGGGUUCCCCGAACGAGGUGCCUACGUCUGGUCCCCCUUCGUCAUCAAACUCGAAACGCGUCUGCGCUUUGCGCGAGUCUCGUAUCAAAUCGAGACAGGAUCGACGCAAAAGGCGCCUCGAGGCAAGAUUCCGUAUAUUUCUGUCAGUCGCGCAGACACCGAGCCGGUCGUUCUCGCCGACUCGCAGUUGAUCAGCGACGCGUUGACGGAUGAAGGCGUCUUGCCCAAGCUUAACGAGAAGCUGUCGCCGUUUGAAAAUACCCUGGAUGCGGGUUUAAAGGCUUUGGUGGAGGAUAAGCUGUGUUUUUACAAUACACACGAACGCUGGAAUGAAAACUACUACACUAUGCGCGACAAAGUCCUCGCGGCCAUUCCAUACCCUCUCCGCGUCGCCGUCGGAAUCCUUGCAUGGCGCAAAAUCAACGCCAGUCUGUACGGCCAGGGCACCGGCCGCUUCUCUCCAGAGGAGAUUCGCGCCUUCAAGACCAAGAUCUGGCAUCAAAUUGAAGACUUACUAGCCGACGCAAAGCGCAAAGCUGCGGCCAAAUCUUCUGAAAAGGUGUUUUGGAUAUUUGGUGGGACUGAGCCUACAGAGGCUGACACGGCGGUGUUUGCUUUUAUUAUUAGUGGUUUAAUUUGUGAAGCUGCCCCCGAGACUGGAAAAUUGCUUCGGUCUCUUCCGAGCGUGGUUGAGUAUGCGCGGAGAAUUCACAAUGAAUAUUUCCCCGACUAUACCAGUCCGGUGUGGGAGUAA